AUGCCGGAAGUUAUCCGAUUGUUUUCACUAAUUAAUAACCUAUUAUUGUCUUUCCUUCCGGUAGGAGCAUCAGGUGACAGCUGUUAUAACAUAUACUACAGCGAGACUUACGAAUGCACGUAUGGAUGUUGCGGCAGCAAGUACGACUACGACUAUGGGUGUUGUACGAUAACCGGUAUUGUGGCCGGCGCCGUGUUCGGGACAAUAUUUAUAGUGGCUGUGAUUGUCGUGCUGGUUUACAUAUGUAAGAAGAAAAAACAACGUGGAAGUGUUAUAAACCCAUCUCCACAACACGCGACAAGAGUGACAGUUGUUCAACCUCCUGCGUAUCAACCACAUCCGCAAGGUCCUCCGCCAAGCUACCCAGGACCACCACCAGGUGGUUCCAGCUUCCAACCGGGUUAUCCACAGCCACAAACGUAUCCUCCUCCGCAUACAGGUCCCGGAUAUGAUCCCGCCUACCGACCGAAGUACUAAAACCGAAAACAAACAUCACCGGGCACAUUUGUUCAGACCGAGAUCAAGGCUACAACGAAUAAAACAGUUAAACUUCAUUCUGAAAUUAAAGCUGCAUACCUCCAGAUGAGCUAAAAUAUUUCAUGGAAAUCUAACUUGAAAAACAUGUGAACAGAAAAAAAAUCAAGAUUCAAGUAAUAAUUUACAUGUUAUGCGCGAUUAAUGAAUGAUUUAGCCAUAUUUCGUCUGCGUGACUAACGCAAUAAGGCCUGCUUUUGCAUAUUUUGACCUCUUUUUAGUAAUCGGAUUGUAUGUGCCGUUUGCAAUAUGUAAAUUAUUUUCUUUGUUCAAUUCACAAUAUUGAACUUUUAAAUACAUUUUUUCAAAAUUUUCAGGAAAAUUAGCAUAAAUCUGAAGAAAUAUUUAGUUGUUUCGUAAUGUGC